AGGUCUUUUCACACUCGCGACUCAUCAAUCUUUUCUCGUAUAUAAACUGCCUUAUUCAUAGACGCGGAUCAUCACAGUUGAAAUGACAAAGGAUAUAAACCUUAUGAACUUUCGGACUAUUCAAGUACACUUAAAACGAAUCCUCAACUUUGUCAAGUUGAGUGAUGGUAGCAAGUAUUCAGCCAAACUUGAACAUGGAGAUUCUUCGUGUGGUGAAUCUCAAAAGCAUGAUCCAAAUAGUAACAAUGAAUUAAUAUUCGACCACAUUUUUAAGUACGACGUAUCCAUUAAGGAUAUUACUUCUAUAGAACCCCUAUGCUGUCAACCGUUUGUAUUGACCAUUUACGAACACAAGGUAAAAGACAAGAAACAAAAGGAGGCCAAAACUGAGUUAUGGGGACAAACGACUUUUGAUGGUUUGCAACUUGUAAAAACUUCAACUAAAUACGAGAUGAAAUUGAAACUAUUCAGUCAACCUGUCUCAACAACUGUUGAGGAUCUUCCAACUGUCGAAAUUGUCGUUUCAGUUGAUCAACCAAUUUUAAGUGACGAAGCUUACGAGCAACUGAAUAUUCUUUAUGUUACCACUGAGUCUCUUCAGAAUGUCCCUGAAACGUUCCAUACGAAGGAUCACUUCACAUUUGUUGCUUCACUACCAAUGAUUACCUUGGAUGAAAAUAAAGAAAAGGCAAUCAUUUCGAACAAAGGGUAUUUGAAAUCGCCAUCCGAUGCAGAAUAUAUCAGUACUUCGAUUAGAUGGCCUGCCUCUGGGAGUGCCCGGAGUUUUGCGGACUUUAUGCAAAACGGUCUUUCAGAAGACACUCCAGCGCUGAACAAAAAAGAAGAUGGUGACUUUCCCGUGGCACAAUAUUCGGCUCUGAGAAAUUCAGCUAAUUCCGUCAAAACUAAGGUUGUUUGGAAUCAGCAGCAUAGGCGCUUGUUGAAUAAAUCGUCACAGUUGAAACUAAAAGAAAAAAUUUCAGCCUUCAAGUUUUUACCAGUGGAGGUGUUUUGCAUGCAGGGUGGCUCGUCUGGAAGAAAGAAAAAGGAUGAGGAGCCAACCUAUACUCACCAUGGCGUAGCGUAUGUCAAUUUAACUCCACUUCUGUACCCAGGUGUUGAUUACGUUCGUGGGGCGUACAAAAUAUACCCUUUUAAUCAAAAGGAAUAUGAAGAAAAAACAAAACGUCAGAAUUGCUUACUUCGUGAUGUUUUAAAUAAGGUAGCUGUUCAAAGUACACCGAAUGUACCAACGGAUAAGAAAAAAACACAACUUAAUGUUCCAAAACAAGAAAGGAAAUCAAGUUUCGUAAGUACGAAGAACACAGGAAGAAGUGCUAGUGCAAUAGAAUCGGAAGCUGGUGAACGUAUUGAAAGUGAAAGACAAAAAUCAAAUUUAACACCCAGCGAACAAGCCACUGAUCAAGUACAAAAUACUGAGGCUUCUCAAUAUUUAGAUGCUCAAUCAUUUAUAAUGUUAGAAUUUCGUUUAGAGAAACCCUUGAUUAAGAAAAGAACUUUAGAAGAAAUCGAUCAAAGAGUUUCUACGUAUAUUACUGAAAAACAACCAGUUGUAAAACGACAUGUCACAGCUGAAAAAGCAGUUAAGGAAUAUCACAAGCAAAUAGCAGAAGUUGCUAAUUAUUUGUUAAUGGAAUUCAAAGUUAUGUUUGCUGAUCUAAUACAAAGUGAUCAAUUACCAGUAGAUCAUGAAUGUGCUGAACAAAUGAAACAUGAACUUUAUUAUUCGCUUAAUUCAUCUGGGAAAUAUUUUGCAUUUAAAGAACGUUUAAAAUUUGCUGUGAUCAAGAUAGUUCGAGAAAAAUUCUUUCGUACUAAACCAUUUACCAAUCAAGAACAAUUGCAGCAUUUUCUGAGGGAUCUAUUUGUUUAUCUUGUGGAUGAAAUGCACAUUGGUUUAAAAAAAGUAUUCUAUACAAGAGAUUUCACAAAGAUUCCUGAACUUAAUUUCACUGAUCCAGAAACUCUAUUACGUUUUGCUCGUGAAGCUGAACAAAAUCAGAUGUAUGACUGGGCAGUUAAAUAUUAUCAAGAAAGAAUUUCAAGAAAUCCAAGUUCAUCAGCCCAUUGGCUUGAUUUUGGUGUUUAUUAUCUGGGACGAAAUGAUUUAGAACAAGCUGCAACAUGUUUUCAUCGUUCUUUAACCAUAGAUCCUAAACAAAGUACAGGGUAA